AUGGAGAAAAAUCCUUCGGGAAAUUCUUCAUUUAUUCGACGCUCAACCUGCGCACCUGUUUCUCUGUACGCGCACGCGAACACACUCACCUUUUGCACACUCAGCACACUCAGCAGUAUGACGAGUACUACGAUGUUGUUCUCGCGAGGAGCGCAAAUGACGACGACGUUCGCCUCUCAUCAUCAAAACAAUAACACCUUUAAAAGCGGGAAGUCCUCAUCCAUCGUCACCCGCCGUCAAGGUUCUACGUCUUCGUUUACGUCGCAAAAGUUGGCCCGAAAGUCGAGGAGGACGUUGAAGGUGAACGCGUCGUCGUCCUCAUCAGUCGAAAAGCUUCGAUUCUUAUCCCCCCAGGAAGUGAAGCAAGUGAGAGAGGAGUUCGGGACGCCGGUGUACGUGUACGAUUUACAAACGCUGAAAAACCAAGCCGAGAGCGCGAAAGCGUUUCCAAACGCGUACGGGUUGACGGUGAGAUACGCGAUGAAAGCGAGCCCGAACGGGUCGAUUUUGAAGACGUUUUUGAACGAAGGGUUACACAUCGACGCGAGUUCUGGGUACGAAGUCGAGAGAGCGGUGAAGGCUGGGUUUACGUACGACCAGAUUUCGCUCUCGACGCAGGACUUUCCGGAUUUCUUCGAUCGGCUCGUCGAGAAAGGAUUGAAAGUGAACGCGUGUUCGUUGUCGCAGUUGGAGAAGUUCGGGGAGAAGUUUCCAGGGAAAGAAAUUGGUUUGCGAUUUAACCCUGGGUUAGGAAGCGGUGGGACCGGGAAGACGAACGUCGGUGGACCGUCCUCGUCGUUUGGGAUUUGGUACGAGUUGUUACCGAAGUGCCAAGAACUCGUGGCCAAGUAUAAUUUGAAAGUCGAAAGGAUUCACACGCACAUCGGGUCUGGAAGCGACCCAGCCGUGUGGCAAAAAGUCAGUGGGAUGAGUUUAGAUUUGUGCGAAAAGUUCCCGGACGUUGUGUCGUUGAAUUUAGGCGGUGGGUAUAAAGUUGGACGCAUGUCGGGUGAGAAAUCGACCGAUUUGAGCCUCAUCGGCGAACCGGUGAAAGUAGCGUUUCAAGAAUUCGCGAAAAGAACCGGACGAGAAUUGAAAUUAGAAAUCGAACCGGGAACUUUCUUACUCGCCAACUCGUGCUCGGUCGUUUCCACCGCUCAAGAUAUCGUCGAAACCGGCACGAGCGAAGGGCACACGUUCAUCAAGCUCGAUUGCGGCAUGACGGAAGUCCUCCGUCCGUCCUUAUACGGCGCGCAGCAUCCGUUAAUCAACGUCACCAGCCAAGGUGAACUUGCAUCCAAAACGAAAAAAUACGUCGUCGUCGGUCACUGCUGCGAAAGUGGCGACUUGAUGACCCCGGCCCCGGAUGAGCCGGAAACGAUAAGCGAACGCGAAUUGGGAGAAAUCAACAUCGGCGAUUUGGUCGUCAUCGAAGGUUCCGGCGCGUACUGCGCCGGCAUGAGCAGUAAGAACUACAACACCUUCCCGGAAGCGCCAGAGGUGAUGAAAACGAAUGAGGGUGAGUUUAAGGUGAUUAGAAAGAGGCAAACCGUGGACCAGAUUUUGGCCAACGAGGUUAUGAUUUAA